UUACAUUGUGCAAGCAUUUGCUCAAGCUGUUGCAGCAGUAUUUAGUAAGAGGAAAGAAAGAGCAAGAUCACCAUCACCCUUAAGCUCUAAUAGCUCAGGAGCUACUAGUAGCGAAGAUAAAAGUGAGAAAAGGUAG